AUAAAAACAUUCAAAAGCUUUACAGAUGUAUCGCCUCUCAAACACAUCGGCCUUAUCUCUAAUCCAAGAGCGUACAUGCAGGCUAUGGGCGUUUUAGAGCUCAUUUUGGGUACUACAUUGAUCGUAGGAUCAAAAACUUAUAGAAGAGUCGCUUGCUUAGGAUUGAUGACGCUCAUGGCCCUAGCUUGUUACAGUCAUUUUGCUCUUAGUGACUACAAUGGAGACACAAAAUGA